GUUCAUUUACUAAUAUUUGGCAGCGACGGCGGUUGAACUGUUGCACAGCACAGCGUUAAUGUUACCCAAACUUCUGGAGGGUUUUCUGAUGUUACUGUAAAAGAUGUUGUUCAGUCCGACGGGUGUAUCUGAAUGUUUACGAGAAUGGGAGGAUUUAGAGAAGAACUACCAACAAAUACAAGUAAGUUUCCACAUUACAACUCAAAUGUUACCUUUAAAUGUGUGCGCUGCCCUGAGGUGAGUUCACAGCCGGAGGUGAGUUCACAGACAGCAGACAGGGGAUCCGCCCUCCACAUCAGCUGAAGACAGGACUUCACCAUGACAAGACUGGAGGAAAAUAAAAACACAGGGACUGUCAGGGGGGACUCUGGUCGACGGGCUCUUCCGGGGAGUUUGUUUGAUACCGACAGGACGAUCCGUGUUUAGGGUGGCAUCACAGGACCCAUGGACGUUCACUGCUUCAAAAACACAUUUCUGGAGACCAUCGAAGCUCCAUUGUUUUUUUUAUUAGUUUGUUACAGUACAGACUGAAAUAAAUACUGGUCCCGCCUUAACGAGAUCAACAAACAACAGGAAUGAAAACUCAUUAUAGCUGUAAUGUGGUGUUUAGUAGGGCUGGGACGAUAUGCUUUUCACCCGAUUCGAUUCUUCUACGUUUUUUUUUUUUUUGAUGCCGAUCCGAUUUAAAUUGCGAUUCUACGAUAUUGUCGAUUUUCUCGAUUUUUCAUCUGCAUUUUUUACACCAGUGAAACAACUGAAUGAGUAUGAUUGCCUACUGAUCGAGGAACCAUAUUUCCCCCAAAAAAUACACAUAACAUGCAAGUUAGUUUUUAAGAUUUUUCUUAAAUUUUUGAACUUAAAAUUGAUUUAAAAAUUGUAAAACAAAAACUUGCGAUACUUAAUGUGCAUCAAUUUUUUUAUUCCACCCUUUGUGUUUAGUGUCUAAAACCAUUGUUUCAGGGCAGGUGAUCUACCUGACAAAGUGAUGAACAGCAAGCUAAAGAAGCAGCUUUUUUAGUAGCAAAGAUACUCUGUCUUUUAUUUUUUCCAACAUAUGCACAAAACUCCCGUAACUAAGUGCGAACUCUGAGGACUAAAACUUUCACCCUGACUUUGCCUGGAAUUUUCCCAUCAGACAGCCCCCUAGUAAAUUGUCGACGUGAAGUCAGGUGAGCUGAUGUUAAAAUCCAGCAGAAAUUAUUUCUGGACACAUAUCAGUCAAUACGCAUCAUUAUUAUUGUGUUUUAUAUUCAGCUGAAUCUGAAUUCAGACUGUUUUGUGAAGGCCUGCAGCUCAUGGUUGUUUCCAUCUCUUGUUAAACUAUGGGUUAUGUGAUUCAUCAUAACUAAUUUUAUAAGAAAAAAAUCAGGGUUCAAAAUUGAUUUGUCUUUUAUAGUAAGGAUGCAAAGUUGCAUUGUUUUCUAAACCAAUGGACAAAAUUGAGAUUUUAUAAGAUGAAUGUAAAAAAAAUAUCCAGGAACAGCUGACAAUCUUCACUUCAAAAGUAAAAACUCCAAACUGGUAUCUGAAACAGAAGUGCUGACACGAACUGUUACACAAAGAGUAGUUGAUUAAAUGUAAGUGCAAAGCAUGGCUUAGUGUUGAUUUCACAACAUGAUCUUUAUUACAACACCGCUGACUGUGCAGCUCUCUAAAGUAAGUGGUAUUGUAGGUCACAUGCUCUGUGGAAGACAGAAAGCCUCUGUCUGCUUGACACAAAUAUAAUAUAAACCAAGAAACACCAUAAUGGACACACAAACUGUGCGGAUCAACAGUUUGGUUAUUAUCACUAUGAAGUCAAUAGAAAUACUGCGUCAGUGAGGGAAUAAAUGAACCUAGACUAUUUAGCUGUAUGUGCAAAUUCCAUUUCUUAAACAUAGUGGUGCCCUCUGUUGAGCAUUAAUCUAGCUGAGUCACAGGGAUAUUAUUUGUGUCUUUCCUGCCUUCUUCAAAUCCUUGAUAACUAAAAUUACCGUUUUAUUCUUCAAAUGUUCUUUUUUCACCCUCAGGACACCCAUCGUCUCUACAAACAGAAACUCGAGGAAGUCACCAAACUGCAGGACAGCUGCUCCAGUGUUAUUUCACGCCAGAGGAAGAAACUCAAAGAGCUCACUGUGUCACUUGCAGAGUAAGUGAUGAUCUGCUGUUUUUCCUGAGAAUAUUUCCUCGAAAACGAAAAAUGCUAUGAAGCUGGGAGAUGGUGUUUGCCGUCUUAGAAACGCUUGCUCAACCUAAACAGGAGGAGCCAGGAUGGGCCAUUAGCAACAAGGCAAACCACUACAACGCACCGUCCUGCCCUCAUCCAAAAGCUACAACACAGUGUCAUUUGUCCUGUAAGAAUAGGCAAAUUGACUCAGAUGGUAAAGAAAUCUCCUUGAUUUUUGGAGUGGGACUCAGGUGGACACUCAAAGCUCUUAAUUGUACUUUCCCAAACUUUUGAUUUUCUCUAAUUUGGAGUUAAUGUUAUUGUAAUAUGAGAAGAUAAAACAUUUGAAGACAGAUUUGUUAGCAUUAGAGCUUAAUAAAUCUAGGUAUAAUGUUGGCAAGGAGUUGAAUUUAAAUUGGAAUUUGCUGUUAAAACUAAUCCUCACUCAUUGUUGGGAGAUGAUUAAAGGAUUACGCUGUAAGUCACCUGGCUCAGGCUGUAGUACUUGAGCAACUGAAAACAGGGAAUAUAGUUGAAACAAAGAGCCCAAAUGACUUGGUAAUCUUUAUGCACCCAGCUCUGUGAUGUUCUAUAAACAUGUCUUUUUUUCAUUCACGAAAAGAUGCAAAAACAUCACUCCAACACCCACAUUAACUCCAGAGGAGCUGAACGCCAUCGCUGAUAUCGAGGACUCCAUUAAAGAGAGAGCAGAAGUUUUCUCUGAGAUGGAAGCGUUUCUGCCAAAAAAAAACGGGUUUGUCUACAAGUUUUGCUUUUUCAUUAUCUCUGUGUUUUCAUAACUAAUUAUUGGUGCUUGCAUUUUUUUUCAUAAAGCAGGAAACAGAAAAAAAUUAACCGUCAGUAUAGCUAGGUAUUUAAAACUAACAAUCGACCCUGUGUUACUUAUAGCGUAUUUGUUUGAAGCUUUUUUUAAACCAGAAAAAUCAUGGUAAUAUUAGAUUUCUGAAAACUAUCUCCUCUUUAUGUUUAGGUUAUACCUCAGCCUUGUCCUGGGAAACGUCAAUGUGACACUCCUCAACAAACAGUCUAAGUAAAUCUCCUUAAGAGUCUCAUUGUAAAAAAAAAUGCCCAUUAAAAUACAUCAACGGUUCAUUACAUUUGAAUGUUUCCUUGUUUGCAGAUUUGCCUACAAAGAUGAGUACGAAAAAUUCAAACUGGUCCUCACGGUCAUCCUUUUCGUGUUCUCCUUCACGUGUCGCUUUUUAUUUUGCUACAGGUAAGAUAAUCUCCAAGUGAUUAUUGAGCUGUGGUGCUUUAGUAAAACAGGGGGGAUGAAAGUUUACAUUAAAGAAGGUCAUACAGACCAGAGCACCUGAGCUAAGACCAUCUGAGGUGUUGUGGGCCUGACUUGAGGAAAUAUGGGUGAAAAGAGAUGGCCACUUGAUAACCCCAGCUGUUGAUUGGCACUUGUCUAUCUUCAUAUCCGGGUUGUGGGGACCAUUCAAGCCAUGUCACUUACUAGCAGGGGAUAAAUACUGUUAUUAGGUGUUUCUUCUUCGCUGACCAUGAAUCCAUUUGCAGUGAACUACAAGGAGCUUGUGUUUAUUUUAAAGACCAAAUAUACAGAUGUGCUCUCAUGGAUCUGGCAUGCAGUGACCAGAAUAAACUAUGAGACCAAUAUUCAACAUGUUAUUCAUCGCUGCAGUGUUAGAUAAAUUUGCACAGAUUACAAAAGGAGCUCUAUAUCCCAAAUUGAAUCAAGAGUAAAAGCAUCAAAGCUGUUUUUUGUUACACUUUCAUGAACAGCACCUGCAGACUGAAUUGAGUUGAACAGAUUGACCUUUUGAGUGAGGGCAGUAAAGCUUAAAGACAAGGCCUGCUGGCAAACAUCCCCGGAGGCCAACUUCACCCAUUACCGGUGUAAGCAUGUACUGAAAGGAUGCAGGUGCAAGAAGCUAAUAAAAGAAAAAGAGAGUCUGAUUGAGGAAGGGGGAUGCAGAGGCAAAUGCAAACCUCCUUAACUGAUUAUUUGGUCGUUAUUUGGUUGCCAUCUUUACUGCUCACCCUGUGUUGGAAUGAAUUAGUUAGUUUCAUCUUUAUUGAGAGUUUAUAUUCCUUUUAACUCUUUUUGUUUUGGUUUUAGAGCCCUGGACGCUCUCUUCAACUUUUUGUUGGUCUGGUACUACUGCACACUCACCAUCAGGGAGAGCAUCCUCAUCAGCAACGGCUCAAGGUUUGCAACUCAUUUACUUCCCUGUUAUAUUUCAUACCGCAAUAAUAGAGUGAAUGUUUCAGGUACAUAAUGGCCAGAUCUGUUGGUUUCCUGUCAAACAGUAAGACAUACAGUCAAGUCUCGAUUCCUCCACUUUCUCUUUGCUGUUUCAGGAUUAAGGGUUGGUGGGUUUUUCAACACUAUGUGUCCACCUUCUUGUCUGGAGUCAUGCUCACCUGGUGAGGGAUUUACUAUUUUCUCUACAUUUUUUUAAUUUCUGAGGACCAAGGGAAAGAAUAAUGUAUUGAUGUUUGUUUUUUUUAUUUUAAUCAGCUGUUUCCUUCAUUCUCAGGCCUGACGGUGCCCUUUACCAGAUGUUUAGGAGUCAGUUCCUGUCAUUCUGUCUCUACCAAAGUAAGAGACUCAAGCUGUGUCCAUAUAAACCGUGUGAAACAUACACCAUCGUUAGUGUAGUGAGCUGGCAAAUUGCAAAAUUUUAAACUAAAAAUUGUGACUGAACUUGUGUGCUAGUCGGCCUUUGGGUUUCCACUCACUAAGGUUAUAGUCCUCGUCUCAGCGAUCAGUGGUUCAACUCCCGGUCAUGACCCUUUUGCUGCAUACCAUCACCUGUUCCCUGCUCCUCAUAUUACCUGUCUCUCUUCAGCUGUCUUUUCUCAUAAAGGCAAAAAUGCUAAAAAAGAAAAAAAAAAAGGUACUGAACUUGACUCCAAGCUCAUACCAUUGGGCCACAACUAUAACAACAUGCUCUUCAUUAAAUCAGAUUAAGGGGUAAAUCUCGGGUCUUAGAAGCUUCAGAAAAGUAUUACUUUUAAAAGAUGAGCAUAAUGUCUUAUCCUUUUGAGCUCUAAAAAUGCAGUGAAAAUAUGAUUAGUUAGCUAAUUUAUUCUCCUCAUAUUUAUACAAAUAACAUCUGUUAUUUAUAAUUAUAAAAACUGUAUUUAAUGAGCCUUGAUAAGAAGCUCUCUGAAUCUAGAAGUUUCAUGGCUGUAAAUUAUGUAAAAAAAGUUCACCAACAUGCAGGUUGUUGGCUGUUUCAUUUGUUGCUGCUCUGCUCUGUUUGCCAAGGCUUCGUCCAGUUUCUCCAGUACUACUACCAGAGUGGCUGUUUGUACCGACUCAGAUCACUGGGAGAGCGACAUACCAUGGACCUAACAGUCGGUGAGUCCAGUAGAGCUUGACUGAUAUCAGUUUUCCUCCAUCAUUAGAAAGCAGCUGGUACGUCAUGUUGUUAUUACACAUGUAUUUACAAGGCAGUUAGUGGAUUUGAUAAAAUACAAUUAUUUAACAGUACUAAUGAAUGAGAAACAAAACUGCUGAACUGGAAAGAACAUUUUCCCAAAUAAAUGUUGGGUGAAAAAUAGGAUGAUAGUGACGUCAACUUUGUGAUGAUGGAUGCUGAUUUGAUGCAGACGACUACAAAAUGCCAAAAAUCAGCCAACUGAUUGAUCGGUCUGUCUCUAGAGUCUUAGCUGUAGUCACUCAUCGAUUAACAGGGUUUUAACUGAUGCAGCUAUUGUGCCUCUCUAACUUAAGCUCGUCAAACUUUUGUCAACAGAAGUUACAUUGGUUGUCCACUAGGGGGCGCCAGCAACCGUCAUUCAAGCUUUUCUAACAGAGAGGGUACACAGCCUCAGCCUCUUUUCAGUGCUUAAUGUUGUCAGCAUUCUCAUUUAUAAAUUAUUAUCCCUGUCAAGAGUGUUUAUCUCAUGUAACAACCUAAGAUCUUAAAUGACUUCACUGACUUCUGUUUUCACUCACUUUCCUGUCUUAGAAACCCUCUUAUCUACUGUUUAAAUGCCAAAGAAAUUUAUGUGAGUUGAUGAAGUUCAGGCACAGUAUCUCACCUGGUAGAGUACCACCUCAUGCAGAGGCUCAACCACAAUCUGUUCCUCUGAUUUUUAACACCUUUUUCCAUCGAACAAAUGAAAAACAGUCAGAAGUCAUUGUGGAUUUUGUUCUUCUCAUUCAGUGACUCUGUUUUUCUCUCUCCUGGUGCUCAGAGGGUUUUCAGUCCUGGAUGUGGAGAGGCUUGACCUUCCUCCUACCUUUCUUGUUCUUUGGUCAUGUGAGUGAACUAAUACUGCUCACUUCAUUGUGUGGAUGAUACUGACUGUUAGAAAAUGACAAUGUUUAAUCUUUAGUUUGGCAAACCAUCACAUAGUUUGGCUGAUUGUUUCAUGUUCCUCCUCGUACAGUUCUGGCAGCUCUACAACAGCAUAACACUCUUCAAGAUGUCUCAGCUCCCAGAGUGUAAAGAAUGGCAGGUUUGUUCACCUCAUGGACUGUUUCUCUGUUUAUACAUUAGAUCUCAGAGUCUAGAUUAGACCCUGGCUUUGAUUAUUAUUUUGCUGUUCUUCAGGUUAUGAUGUGCGGCUGCUCCUACAUGGUGCUCUUCAUGGGAAACUUCCUCACCACGCUGGGAGUCGUUUACCACAAAUACAUGAAUAACCAGGACAAGCCCAAAAGUUUGUGAACCGAGCCGAAUCACCAAAAAUCCUCUUUUUUUGUUGCAAUGGAAAACUGUGCAGACAACCAAAGCUCCAGUUUUGUCCGCUGAGCUUUUUCUGAAUGUUGUGAUUGUUGUCCUGAAAGAUCGUUUACAUGUACGGCCACUUUAAUCAAGGCUCUUCGAAAUUCAAGGCUGUGCAAAAACUGUCAAACUGAGCUGCAUGAAACUACAACCAAGUACCUCGCAGGUUUUGCUGAGUGACUCUGUCAGGUUUCUGUUUACAGAGCCGGCCCAAGGCAUAAGAGAACCAAGCGCCUGCUUAAGACCCUGCGGCCACAACAGGGUCCUCAGUAAUCGACAAUCAAUAUUAUUGGCAGAAAUAGAGGGUCCCAAAAUCAAAUUUUGCUCGAGGCCCUGUAGAGUCUUGGGCCGGCUUUGUCUUUGUAUGUCAGGAUGUAAAAUGUGAAUAAGAAAGUGUGAUUGAAUUUGCAUCCUAUUUAGAAAAAUAUUUAUUCAGGAGAAAAAAUUUAGAUUUGUUACUGAGAAACUACCAAAUGUUAAAGCCUUACAGAUCUGAGCUUUGAAAAAGCACUCCUAAAAGCCCUUCAUUUCUCUGUGUUUACACCACUUUUCAUUCAAAUAUCUGAAACCGUUUCAUCUCAGCAGAUCUUUGAGACCUAAGAGUUUGAAAAUAUUUCAGUGUGUUACAGAAAAGUGAUGGCCGGAGAAAGGUUAAAUAAAACAAAAGAACAACACAAA